CAGUAAGGAGGCGGGAAUUCCCUGGUGUUCUCAAAUCAUAUUUCCAAACAGGAAGAAGUCAGCACGAGUGCAUCUUUAUCGGGCAUUAAUCUGACAUGACCCCUGGGAAGUAGAAAUGAAGCGGGGGAACUGGCGAUCGAGUGGCAGGGACCGUCAUCGACAGCACAGUCAGUCACAGUGGCGAAGCAGACACCGUUCAGCCCACGAUGAGCAAGAAUAUAGUUCUGAAAGCGCAGCAGGUGAUGCAGGUUCAUCCACAGCAUCCUCAUCUGCACCAGAGUUGCCAGGUUUCUACUUUGACCCAGAGAAGAACCGCUACUUUCGUUUGUUGCCUGGACACAACAACUGUAACCCUCUGACAAAAGAAGGGCUCCAGAAAAAGGAAGAGGAGAGAAAGAGAUCUGCGCUGCUGGCAGAGGAUGAUGGUUCUAGGAAGAAAGCUCCCAGGACUGGGCUGAAUUCUGCAUUGCUGUUACAGAAGAGACAUCUGGGUCUGCUGCCCCCAAGCUCCUAUUCUAGGCUGAUCCAUGAAGUGAAAGUAAGCGGGAUGCAGCGUCACAGGCUGGAGGUGCAGAGCUCCAACUCCACCAGCCCAAACACCGAUAACUUCCAUCUCAUUGUUGCAGAUUCAGCUUGUGAGCGAGUCUUCACAGUAAACGAUGUGUCGCACGGAGGCUGCAAGUAUGGCAUAAUGAAUUUCCAUGGCUGCAGAAAGGGCUCUCUGUCGGUGGAGAUGUGCGAUAACCUUUAUUUUACUAACCGCAAGGUGAACUCUGUAUGCUGGGCCUCCGUGACACAUACAGACUCGCAUGUUCUGUUGUGUUUGGUGGGCAUUUCUCAGACCCCAGGCUGUGUAAGCUUAUUACCUGCUUCUCUUUUCAGCAACUUCAAUCCAGAUCAACCAGGGAUGCUGUGCAGUUUUAAGAUCUCCACAGCUUGGUCAUGUGCAUGGUGCCUCAACCCACAGGCUGAUAAAACCUUCAGCACUGGUGUGUUUUUGACUCGUUUUAGAGCGACAUACCUCGCAGGCAGUGAUGUUCUAGCUCAACAGUUUGCCGUGAGGGCUCCCGUGCUGUUCAACGGCUGUCGCUCAGGAGAGAUCUUCAGCAUUGACCUGCGUCAGCGUGACAGGGGUCGCAGUCACGGUUGGAAGACCAGCCGCUUCUUCCAGGAGUCAGCCAUCACCUCCAUCCAACUGCUACAGGAUGAGAACUACCUCCUCGCUGCUGACAUGCUGGGCAAGAUAAAGCUGUGGGACAUCCGUGUUAAGCGGUCCGUCAAACAGUAUGAAGGACACCACAAUGAAUAUGCCUACCUACCCAUUCAUGUCAAUGAGCCAGAAGGAUUGCUGCUUGCUGUGGGUCAGGACUGCUACACCCGGCUCUGGAGCCUCCACGACAGCCGUCUCCUCAGGACGAUCCCCUCACCUCACCCUGCAGGGAAAGACUCCAUCCCAAAUGUGGUGUUUUCCUCCCAGCUGGGUGGGAGUAGAGGACUUCCUGGACUCCUUAUGGCUGUUCGUCAUGAUCUGUAUUACUACUCUUACAACAAAGACUAUCAGGAUGGACUAACACUGGAGGGUCAGUGCUAACAGUUACCAUCUAAAAACGAAAAUCAGGCUGCUGUGUGGAAAAUACAUCUGUUGGCAUUGUUACUGUGUCCUACUGACCGCAAUGUUGCCAUUUUACCAUUUGCCUUUAGUUUUUUUUAAAUAAAUAUUCUGGAUUAGAUUAUGAUGGAUUCAGAAUACUUCUUGUAUUGAAUUAUAGUCACUUGAAACAUACCUCCUAAAAGUGCAAUUUCAUGUUUUGUUUUGUUUUGUUUUUCUUUUGGGGAAACAUUUUGCUGGAACUUUUUGUAAAAAAAAAAAAAAAAGGGGGAACCCAUUCUUCAAUGUUCAAAAUAAAUCCAAACUUUGUUUAUCUGUA